GGGGCCUAUUGAGGAUGACUGAUACAACUAGAUGGAAAUUAUACGAUUCAGCAUACACAUAAAGACUCCAAGAAAACUGAUUUUUUGCGCCUAUCAAUUUUACGCUACGCAUUGUUAAUAUUUGAUUAUCGUGAUCCGGCCGAGAGAACGAAAUCGAAAAAAAAGCAAACGUUAGACGAGUCAAUCUGAAGAUGGCAAAUAAGUGAUCGAUCAUCUUGAACGUGAGGGCUCUGUUUGAGAACAUCGUGAAGCGUCUGUUCGAGGGUAAAGAUCGUGUACGAGAAAAUAUCCACAUCGUGGAGAGACUCAAAAAGCUGCUACUCUACAGUGUCGUCCAAGCAUCAUGGUUUUCAUCAUUCUUGCGAAUUGUAACACUUAAAUCGACAGCGCGCAGAAGAGACCGAUUUUUCGUCGCUUUAUCGUUCGAUCUUCCUAAUCUGGGUGGUUGUUGAUUUCGACGCCCGAUUUUCUUCAUCCUACUUCCUUCUUGGUAGUAAGUGAAGGUUGUACAGUAUUUUCAACAACAGAGUCAGCAUUGAUUUUUUAUCAAUCACGCACACACUCAUCUCUUUCAACUUCAAGAAAAGACCGUUAUACUUGUAGGACCUUUCGCUUUUUCUAAAGCAGUUUGUAGAAUCGUUUUUGUAGCUUCGUAACUACAAAACAAAAACAAAAUGGCUGACCAACUGACCGAAGAGCAGAUCGCCGAAUUCAAGGAGGCCUUCUCCCUGUUCGAUAAGGAUGGUGAUGGAACCAUCACCACCAAGGAGCUGGGAACCGUCAUGCGUUCCUUGGGUACAACUAAACAUUGGGUCGGAUGAAAGACUUCUAGGAGAAAUCUAGAGGUGGUGUCAUUCCUUGUGAAUCAAUUGAUGUUCAGCAGCAAAUAACAACAACUUUAUUCAAGAACUUGAUCUUUUCCAAUCCUAAUAUUUUUGUUCAACAUCUUCUCUUGAUUCGCAUCAGGUCAAAACCCGACUGAGGCCGAGUUGCAGGAUAUGAUCAACGAAGUCGAUGCCGAUGGAAACGGAACCAUCGAUUUCCCAGAGUUUUUGUCCUUGAUGGCUCGUAAGAUGAAAGAUACGGACACCGAGGAGGAACUGAUUGAGGCCUUUAAGGUACUUCCAUUUUUCAUCAACAGGUCUUCCAAGAACUUCUUGUCGACAGAACAAUGCUAGUACUUUUAUGUGAAACUACAUGUUGAACUUCUUGAGUUUGAGUAUAAGAAAUACACAAUCAAAACUGUCGUCCUGUCUGGCGAACUAAAUGUUGAAAUGCUCCCAUCCUUCCAAAGGUUUUCGAUCGCGAUGGCAACGGUUUUAUCUCUGCUGCCGAGUUGCGCCACGUGAUGACCAACUUGGGUGAGAAGCUCACCGAUGAAGAGGUCGACGAGAUGAUCCGUGAGGCAGAUGUCGAUGGCGAUGGACAAAUCAACUACGAGGAGUUCGUCAAGAUGAUGAUGGCCAAGUAAACAUCGAAAAAAACUGAACUACAUACUUAAUCAACCGACACAAACUCUUCUCGCUGCUGCAUGAUUACUUUGUCAAGAUGCUUCAGCGAGAGGAGAGGAGCUACUACGAUGAAGGAUGUGAUUCCGAUUUACACUAACUGCAGUUCGUCUAGGACUAGAUCAUCGAGUUACCUACAACUACUGGUCUCAUACAACGGGGACUAAGAUUAUCGAAAUACUUACGUUGUUCGAAAGACAAUAAUAUAGUACCUACAACUCGUUUUUAAAAAGUGCUCCAGAUCCAUUAGAUAGAUACCUUCCUGGGAGUAGGAAUAUACUAGUUGAUACAAGAAAAAUGAUGUUAAUAUCAUAGGAUAGAAUGAAAAUCUUCACCGCGUCGUCAUUUUGUUGGUUGGAAACAGCCUGAGCUGUAAGCGUGGGACAAAACGGAGCCAGUUCUGCAAUCGCAGAUUUUUAUACGGAAACAAUAACUUUGACAAACAUCAACUAAGCUUUACCGGGAGAAGAAUCAAUGAAAAUUAAUCGAUCAGCUUCUAUGAACUAAGCAAGACGACUGCGCCACAAAGAACGGGGUGGCGUUGUAAGGGGAGCGUCUUUUUUUCCAACGUAAAGGCUUCUCGGUGUUCCACAACUAGUACUUGCGCUAGAAGAAAAAGCGUCACCACGUCUCAGUUUUAUAAGGGUAAUCAUUGUGACGAAGCACUGUGACGCCGUGCGGCAGUCUGCACUGAACUCUGUGCGAAAUUAAUUGUACUAGUUUUAUUAAGGUGUUGAUGCUAGUCUGUCGAUGAAUUCCGUCAUGCUGUCGUAUCCAUGACCCAUCGGCGAAACUGACAAAGUCAUCUACAAUUUGAAAACGUUUGAUGGAAUUGGCGAAAAAUAAGAGAACUCACUCAGA